GGCCUUGGUCGCGCCAUGACUAAAGACAGCCCCUCAGGGGGCGGCGGAGGCCCCGCUCUGUCUGCGCGCCAUUCCCCGCGCAAAGCCGCGUCCCAAGCCCUCGGCGGCGCUCCUCCUGCCGCCCUAGGCAGCGGCGGCGGCGGCGUCUCCAGCGGGGCGCCUCUCGGUCCCCCUCCCCCGCCCUUUCCUCCUCCUCCUGCGGGGCCUCCGCCCGCCUUCCACGAGGACCACCGCCGGGAGCUGGAGUCGCUUCGGGCGGAGCUGGAGGCGGAGCGGCUGCGCUCUCAGGAGUGCCGGCGCCGCUUCGCGUUGGAGUCGCGUGAGCUGCGCGAGGCGGCCGAGCGCGAGCGGCAGCUGCUGGCCGACCAGCUCCGCUCCAAGUGGGAGCAGCAGCGGGCGCGCGAGCUGCACCAGCUGCGCGAGGCCGGCGCCCGGCAGCGCGAGACCGAGAUCCGGCAGCUGCUGCGCUGGAAGGAGGCGGAGCUGCGAGAGGCCCAGGAGCUGCUGCAGCGGGAGCGAGACGCCGCCAUGCGACAGGCCCGGGACUUGCAGCGCCAGCUGGCCGAGGAGCUGGUCAGCCGAAGCAGCCGAGCUGGCGGUGGUGGUGGUGGAAGCAGCGCGGGUCUGAACGGCGAGUGCCGCGCCAAGCUGCAAGAAGUGCUGGGCAAGCUCCGCUGGGAGGUCGACGGCGACCAGGCCGCGCGCAUCCGCCACCUCAAGGCCGAGCUGGAGCUGGAGAGGAGCCUCUUCCUCAAGUAUAUCCUGGAGCGCUUCGAGGGAGAGCAUUCGCCGCUGGCGUCCUCGCACAAAGUCAGGCCGCCGCCUACGACACUGACCAGCCACAGACUGGGCAAGAGCAGGCCCCGCUCCUUGGAGAGCCUCGUGGUCGCCUCCUGCGCCCCCGACAGCGGGACAGCCUCCAAGUCCCGCUCCCUGCACAGCAACCUGAGCCGAUGCGAGCCUCACCCCCACCCCCACCAUGCUCUGCUGGAAGGAGGCGGCCAAGCGGGUGGUGGCUGCGCCCCACAGCCGGAGCCCCAGAAGGCUGCGGCCACUGCUGCUUCCUUGGGGAAAGAUAAGGCCCCUCUGGAGGAAGGGGCCAAGGAAGAGGGGUCUGCGGACGCGCCCCCGGAAGGGAAAACGUGCGGCUCAGGGUCUGCGGGAGAAGGCACACCGCCUCCAGCAGGCCUGCAAAGCCAGCAGCAAGACUGGCUGUCGGGAAGUGGCUACGACCAGCUGGUGAAGCAGAACACGGACCUCUUGGAUGCCCUGGGGGCCCUCGAGCAGCGGUGCACCCACCUGAAGGAGGAGAACGCCCUACUGAGGAAGAGCAGCUUCCCGGAGAUGCAGGACAAAGUGAAGCGGCUGAAGAGGAAGAACACGGAGCUGGCGGCCAUCGCCAAGCGCCUGGAAGAGCGGGCCAAGAAGCUCCAGGAAUCCGGCCUCAAGGUUGGCGGCACCCCAAUCCCCUUAGCCUUGGCUUGCCCCGACACAGACCUGUACAAGAGCAGCUUUGCUCGGCAGCGGGUGAAGGACCUGAGCGAACAAGCCAAUGUUCUGCUGGCAAAGGACCAGCAGCUGGAAGCCUUGCAGAAGGAGUGCUGGGAGCUGCAGGCCAAACUGUCUUCAGGCACAGAGAAUGCCUGUUUUCUCAACAUCUGUGAGUUUGAUCGCUUGCUGCGAGAGUCUCAGAGAGAAGUGCUGAGGCUACAAAGACAGAUCAUGCUCAGGAACAUCAGGGAAUCUUUUCAGCUCUCCAAAAUGGCCUCCAGUGCUCCUUCUUCACCAGUUAUCAUCCCAGAAACAUCAGCUGUGGGCGCAUGCUUAAAGGGCUUGCCUUUGCCAAAGGAGAUGCCAGAAACAUUGGACAUAUUGGUGAAAGAUGUGCAAUCAGAAGCAGCAGCUUUGGAGAACAGUGCUAAGAAUGAUGAAAGCAGCACUUUAACAUUGGGUUCGGAUGCUGAGCAUUCCUUGCAGACUUUGAAAAGGGAGCUGGCUGAAAAAGCUCAGGAGUGUAAAAACCUUCAAUGUGAAGUGGAGGCGAAACAAAAGAGAUGUGAUUAUUUAGAACUGCAGAUCAAUGCAGCAUUGAGUGAAAAGGCAAAGGUUGCAGAGGAGAACUCUCAGCUACAUGAGAAGAACAAACAGAUGGAAAAGAUCCAGAGCGAAAAUACCGAGAUAAAAGUGAAGCUCAUGCAGGCAACUGAUGACUACAAUUCUGCCGUGCAAUUGACUAACGGACUGGAAAUUAAAGUGGAGAGUUUGGAGCAAGUCAUUAAGAACAUGAAAGAGACUGCAGAAGGAUGGCAACAGUUGGAAUCUGAAUAUGAGAAAACUUUACUGGUGCUGCAAAAGAAAGAGGGAGAAAUACAACAACUGCAUCAGAUGCAGACAGAGAUAAAAAGAGAGCAUGAGGAGGCAGUACAGCUGCUUGAAGCUCAAGUGAAAGAGCUGGAAAACCAGUAUCACAGUCAGACCAAACACUUCAAUCUCCUGACUGAAGAACUUGAGCAAGUUAAGACAUCUGGGCUCUUAGAAUCAGAAUUAUCCCAUGCAACUUGCAAUUCCCAAGCAAUAAUUUGCCCAGGAAAAUGGGAACAAUGUACUGGCCACAGUCACCAUUGUAAUAAAAGCAUCAGUGAUGAAGACUCUGCAUCUGUGAGUUCUUCGGGCUUGCCCAAAAAACCUAAAGCAUUAGAAUCCCAAUCAAACUCAUCUGCAUCCGAAUCCAUACAGAACAGCUCUAAAUCUUGCCUAAAUCCCGAAGAAGAUACAGCAGGUGAAACAGAAGACCUAGAGACAGAUAAAGUUUCUAUAAGCCAACAGCUAGAAAAUCAAGGUCCUUCAAAACUUUCUGUCUUUUUGGCACGGUAUAGCUAUGACCCUUUUCACGGCCCUAAUAAGAACCCUGAAGCAGAACUUCCACUGACAGCUGGGGAAUAUGUUUAUAUUUAUGGAGAAAUGGAUGAGGAUGGUUUCUAUGAAGGGGAAUUGAUGGAUGGUAGGAGGGGACUGAUCCCCUCAAACUUAGUUGAAGAAGUUUCAGGUAAUGAUCUAAUAAGUUUUGCCCCUUCAGAGCCAAAUGAUGUUUCUUAUCGUUCAUACCGUGAAACAAGUUUCCCCUGCCAAAGUGCUAGUAGUGAAGACAAAAGCGACAGCCUUGAUGAAGACAUGUGUGUUAAUCUGCUGUCUAACAGACUGGGAGGGGAGCUGUGUGAUGACCAGGCAGCAGUGCUUUGUCCCCAGAACCUGACUCUUAUCAAACAGUUUGCUAGGUCCAUCCUUAUAGGCUGGGACCCACCACACAUGCUAGAUAGCCAGGGCAAAGUGUACAGCUAUAACAUUUAUGUCAAUACAGAUCUAUGUCACAGUGUGAAGUAUGGCAGUCAGAUGAAAGCAGUGAUUGAGAACCUAGAUUUAGAGCUGCGUUCUUAUCGCAUCUCAGUUCAAAGUGUGACAGACAAAGGAAAUUCCGAUAAGAUGCAAUGCACUUUCCUUGUAGGAAACAGUUUCCAUAUUGCACCGGCACUCCUGGAGCUUUGGAGCAUUACUGCAACGUCAGCAAAAAUUACUUGGUUGCCAAGCAACAGUAACUACACUCAUGCAGUGUACCUUAAUGAGAUGGAGUAUGAUGUCACAAAGGCAGGGGUAUAUUGGUAUACUUUCCAGAAUCUUAGCCCCAGCACACAGUACACUGUAAAAGUGGAAACACUGCAUCCUAAAGAAGUGUUGAUGUUUCCUCAAGGGGAUCUGGAGCAGAAAUCAGCAGCAAUUAUGUUCACUACUCCACCAGCAGGACCACCUCAUGCUCCCCUUGAUGUCCAAGUACAACCUAGUUCUUCUGCAGAGUUCCUAAUUGUUAGCUGGUUGCCAGUAACAAUUGAUGCAGCAGGAUCAUCCAAUGGAGUAAAAGUCACUGGCUAUGCAAUUUAUAUCAAUGGACAGAAAGUCACAGAAGUUGCAUCACCGACAGCUGGAAGUAUAUCAUUAGCAAUGUCUCAGCUAAAUAUGUUCCAAGGGUCUUGGAAGGUCUCUGUGAGAACUGUGUCCCCCUUUGGGGAAUCUGAGGAUUCUGUGCCAGCUUUAAUUCCAUCUGCUCAUUUAGAAAUUCCUAAUUCUUUAAUGUCAAAGUUCUUUUCCCCCAGUCAUGCCUCUGAGAUGACUUUCAAAGAAUUCUUAGAGUUUGAAGAUGGGCACAUCUCUGCCACAACCAGUAUGUCCUCAUCUGUCUUCUCCCACAUGUGCCUGGCUGGUGCAGACACCGAUUUCACCAUUCACUUCACGUCGGAUUACAAAGAAGAAGCAGUUUCUGUGCCAGUAAAUGUUUCUCAGAAUCAUACGACCUCUUCUGCACUGACAACUUCACACGAUACAAGAAAUAAAGACAAGGGUGAUUCUAUUCUGCACACGUCUGUUAGAAAGCACUCCUCAGAACAUGUUUUUCCUACGUCAAAGUACGAAGGACCAGCCAGUUCUGCACUGCCCGUAUUUUCUGGAGACACUGGAAGAGAAAUUUCAGAAGAUCAUCCUCUGACUAAAACAACUGUAGGUAAGAAUCAGCCAGACAACAGCAAAAUCAAGGUGUAUACAAUGGCCGAACAUACCAAUGCCAAAGAUUCAUCUUUUCAAUGCCAUAUUGACAUUAUGGAUGUAACCACUGUUUCUUCCACAGAGUUUGAACUGGAGAAGGGCAACUGCAGAGGUGCAGGAAUGCACAACUUCUGUCUUCAGGAAGAGCCAGGUCAUCUUUCUGAAAAGAACCACAGAAAGAAUGUUAAGCAGUUAUGCAAAGAACUCUCCAACUUGAGCGUGUCUGAUGCUGAAAUGAAGGAAGAGCAAAUAUCAAGAACUAAAAGCUGGAAGACUCCUCUUGGUGACCAUAACUAUAUUUCAGAUCUUUCAGAUAUUGAGGAAGAGGAAAACCAGUUGUAUAGGAUUAACAUUUCUGGACAAGAAGACCCUAAACCACAGGAGACGCCAGUGUCCCUUGUAGAACUGGCAAAAGAUAAAAUUAUAACCAUGAGCCCCAGAACUGACCAAACAGUGCCUAAUUCAGGCCCUCAGAGCAGCUUUGUUUCAGGAGAAAGGAUUAAUGAUGACCCAACAAGGCUUUUUGUAGCACUUUUUGACUAUGAUCCCAUAACUAUGUCACCUAAUUCUGACGCAGCUGAGGAGGAGCUAUCUUUUAAAGAGGGACAGAUUCUGAAAGUGAUUGGUCACCAAGAUGCUGAUGGUUUUUACCGAGGUGAAUGUGAAGGAAAGAAAGGGUAUAUUCCCUGCAAUUUGGUAUCUGAAAUGUACAUUGAGAGUAAGGAAGUGAAAGAACAUCUAUUAAAGUCAAGUUACAGUAAAGAUGAAAGCUUAUGAGGAGGCUAUAGCUACUGGAUUGAGGAAAGAGUGAUGCUGCUAUUCGGAUCGAAGCCAUAUUGACGACAGAUUUGGGAGCUACCUUUGAAUACAUUUCCUAUUCUUAUACUAAAACUCCUUAUUUAUUAAAAUAUUUGCAAAGUUUGUACCUUACAA